ACACGCACGCGCUGAGUGGACAGGAAAUGGAAGGCAGGAUUAUCGGUUGAACGGGUCGAGCGAGAACGUGGUGAAGAACAAACCGUCUUCCUGGUGAUCUGGAGAGUGUGAGUGUGAUUUAUUCCAGUAAACGAGUGUAGAAGAGUAAAGAGACACUGUAUUGAGAGUUUACAGGAUGUUCAGUGUGAGCAGCGUGGAGAAGCACCACAGGGACUGAGACAGACCGGUUCAGUAACGUGUGCACUUUCACCAUCAGUGUGAAUGCUGUAGAAAUGACAGUAGUGAAAGUGACAGAAAGCUGAGCAUCACCAGGACAUCACUACAGUUCUGUGAGAGAGAUGAGCUUUGUUUCCCAAUGAAGCUACAGGAACUCUGAGGUACCUUUCAGUACUUUGUGGUUCUUCUUGUGGAUUUCAUCUCACAUCUUCACUGCACAGACGUCCCUGAGCUCCACACCGGGGUCUUGUCUCUUCUCACCUCCUGUACAGGUGACUGAAGGUGUGACUGUUUCUCCACACACUGAUAACCAGAUCAGUUAAUGAGUAACUCUCACAGUGGACUUUGUCUCCUCCGUCUGUCUUUUUUUUUUUUUCUCCGGUAAGAACCGAUAAUUCAUAAAGACAGAACAGUGAAUGUGGUCGGACGGUCGAGACAGACAGCCUUUUGUUCUACAGGAGAGAAAGAUGGAGACAGAGAGGAUAGAGAUGGAAGAAUACCAGCUUCCAGUCUUUCACUCAGUACCACAGGGAGAACAAGGGAUGAAUAAAAGACAGGAGGUCAUAAACAGAGAACAAAAAGAAACGAUGAAGGACAUUGUGGAAAGGACGACAGGUCGGGAGAGCAGGACAGAGAGCGAGAGACAGCUGGACAGAGGACAAGAGACAUGGAGGGAUGAAGGAGAUGGAUCACUGGCUGAUGAUGAUGGACAUCGGAUGAAUUCUGUGUUAACUCCUCUAGUGAAGAUUGUGAGGAAAACAGAUGAAAAACAGACUGAGAGCUUCGUCCUCAGAGCCGACGACGUCCUCAGAGCCGACGACGUCCUCAUGCACCGGGACAACACAAAGCAGGUUCCUCAGGAACAUGAUCAGAGCUGUUGUCAGUGUUGUGGUGAGAUGUUGAGCUCAUUCAUGUUUCUCUUAUCGGGGUUGGUGUUGUUUCCGCUCCUCGUGUGGGGGGGUCAUGACCUGUUGCCCAUAGACCUCCCUACAGUCAGGAGCGCCCCCUCCAGGCUGGUGUACACACUGCGCUGUGCGUUCUUCGCCUCCUUUCCCAUCAUACUAGGUGUGUUUGUACACGGUGUGUCCUGUCUGAAGUUCAGUUCUCUGAAUCCUCUGUUUGAGGGGAAGCGGGCGAGUCGUCACACCGUUGUCCACAUGUCCUUUGUCCAGGAUUCUCUCCGUCUCUUCCUGCUGUUCUUCGUGCAGCUCGCUGUGAUGUCGACGUACAUCCACGACGACAACCUCAAACUCGUCCCGCUGCUCACCAUCGUCUUCGUCUUUGGCAGGUUGAUCUACUGGCUGAGUGUGUGUUUGCGCAGCACUGUGCGUGUGUUGGGGUUCUCGCUCUCCUUCCUUCCCGUUCUCACUCUGAUGGGACUCAAUCUCUACUUCGUCUGCUCCUCAACAGGAGAGGGGGCGGUGUUUGAUGUAGCCCCGCCCACUACACCCCCACCCCCGAAGGCCAGGUGGUGGGGCUGAACAGCAGACAUACUAAUAAAUACCAUCUCUCACACACACACACACACACUCUCACUCUCUCUCUCACACACCUCUCUCUCUCUCUCUCUCACACACACACACACACACACACACUCACUCACUCACAACACACACACUCACUCACAACACACACACACACACACACACUCUCAUACACACUCACACAUACACACACACACCAGACAUCUUCCCAUUGUCUUCUUGUUAUGCACUGAAAUGUGAAAUCCUUAAUAUCGUAUUUCCUGUUUUUUCUCCCACUUCCUGUUUACUCCUAACAAAGUGAUUCAUUUCUGAAUGUUUUUGUUUUGAGACCAAACUGAUGAACAGUUUUCAUACUGAUAUAAAUCAGAAUGUAAAUGCAUUAAUGACGGUGUUUACUGUGUGAUUUAAUCAGAAAUCUGUUCAAAUGUCUAAAGACGAUGAAGCCUUUUUGUGUCACAUUACAGCAGUGAAUUUGUUUCCUCACGUUUCUCAGCUCUGGAGGUUGAGGUCAGGGUGCAGAGAGGGUUGGGGGCCUCACACAGGGGCCCGACUGUGGCAGCUUGGCGGUGUUGGGGCUUUAACCCUGAGCUCCUGAUAUAUUUAUUAUUUAUAAAUCAGUUUUAUUUAAAAGUUUAUAGUAACUACAUUUUUAUACAGAAUACGACUUUAAAUACAGCUCCAUGUUUAAGUUUUAAAUGUAAACAGAAGCCUAAGCUUUAUUUUCUUAAUAAACAUUAACAUUUAACUGCUUUAUUAAAGCAUGUCAUUCCUGUGGUGUUAAAAUAUUUCUGCUCAUUUAAUUUAUUAAAUAUUUUAUAUAUAUAAUUGUGAUGAUGAUAAAUGUGAGAAUAUUUGUGGUCACAUUUUCCUGCUAAGUCUGUGGUGGUGAUUUAUAUCAGUUCACUAUUCCAUCUAUAAUGAUAUUAAUAAUCGUCAUUUAAUUACACAAAGAAUCUGUUUUGUGAAUAAAUCACAGACUUUGUAAACAGAUAACGAGACGUCUGAAGGAACUCGAACCUCCGAAUUGGACCGAAGGCGCUAUAACAAAUGUAAUUAUUUCAAAAUAAAUAUUUCAUCCUGAUCAUAAA